AUGGAUCUCCUUCGCUUUCGGCGCAAAAUAAAGCAGCAUGCGAGUAGUAAUGCGGCAAAUGUGAGUACUGCUAAUGGCACACCCACACCAAGCCCGAUCUUUUCGCGUCUUGUCAGGCCAGCAUCGCUGGAAGCGGGUGCAACAGGAUCUGCGGUUGGAUUCAAAGUCGCAGAUGAACUUGCGGAGGAAGAUGCGGAUGUUGAUACGGUAGUUUCCGAAGAUAAUGAUAAUGAUGAUGAGGAAGUCGCGAGUGUGGUCGAAAGUUCGGAAGAAGUCCCAGAGGAGGAUACCAAACUGGAGGUUUCGCUCAAGGCACUGCUCGAAGAUGCCGUAGGCGUAGAAAUCGUGCUCAAACUUUCGGAUCCUGAUAUCGCAGAGGAUGGCACUGCGCUAGUCGAUAAUGACUUAGAUAUCGAUGAGUCCACAUUUGAAGCAGUCUCUGAGGGUAAUGCCGUUGGUGAUGCGGUGACGUCGGUUGGCAAUGCUUCGCUUGCAGGUGGUGCUGCCGUCGCUGGUCCGAACUCUUGUAUGAAGUAG